AUGGAGAUAGAACCAGCCACAACCAACGAAGAGGGUGUUGCAGAAAAUGGUGAGACGAUGGGAGUUUCUGCAAAGAGAGGGAUGUAUCUUGUGUGGGAAGAUUUAACUGUGGUGGUUCCAAAUUUUGGGAAUGGACACACCAAGAGAUUGAUUAACGGGUUGAGUGGAUAUGCUGAACCUAACAGGAUCCUGGCUAUCAUGGGUCCUUCUGGCUCUGGAAAAUCCACUCUUCUUGAUGCUUUAGCAGACUAA